AUGAAUGUAACUGUAUAAAAUAAAUGUGUAUCAGCUACAGUCAAUUAAUUUUACUUUGUCCCUGGGUGCACAUUUCCAAUUGACAAUAAAUACUUACUUUGCUACUUCCUGGAUCCAACUGAACCCAUUAAAAUAAAUUCUCUUGGUUCUCUGGAGUGGCCCAUAGUCCCCGGUUAUUUAUUCACAUUUGUAGAUGAAAAUUGUGCCUAAAGGAACAGUUGGGAGUGAAGGCAGAUGGGAAGGUAGCUCCUUGUUCCUUCUGAGGACUUUGCAGGAAAAUUGAGCCAGUCUCUGGUCUCUGCUGAUGCAUUUUUUAGUGGCGCUGUCAGGAUUUCUGUGGGAAUCAUGUGCUGGUGUUUGCACUGGAUUUGGUGAAUGAAUUUGUUUGGCAGAAAUAAAUACUCCUAUUUCUUGAAAAUAUUCCAUGGGUGUUUUUGUUAAUGGAAGCAUAAAGGCCAGAAGGUGAAUGUUUGAAUACUCAGUAUUUUGUGUUUUGCGCUGCUUACUGAGAGUAAUGAACAGAAAGAGAAGUUUGGACAGUAAAACUGGUGUGUCUGGUCAAGAAAACAGGAAUUCUGGUGAACUGAAGGAAAUGUAGAUUAUUUUUUUAAAUUUUUUCUGUUUUGAAAUAAGUAAAGAAAUAAAUAUCCCAGUUUCUUUCUGUUCUCUUGGCUUUCCUGCCUUAAUGCCACAUCCAUAGGAAGGUGUCAGUGUUGCCACACACAGACUGUUCACCAAAAGAAAUCUCCUUUUUGGAUCAAAAAAAAUAAUCUGUUUGACACAUCUCUCUGUGAAUGUCACAGAAUUUUAUUCUAUUAUUUUUAUUGAAUUUGAUAAUUUCUUUGGUGAUGUUAAAUAAGAUUUCUUUCAGUCCUCCACCAUUUUUUGGGUCUUCCAUGAGCUUAUUUCUCUCAAGGUUUGUUUAUGGAUCUGCCUUAGGCCUUUCUAAAGGCAUUCAUAACAACACAGUUAUUUCUGAGUGUUUGUGUAUGAGACUUGAGGAGGUUUAUUUUUACGGGGUUGGAAGUGAAGGAGGAUGAAGAGGAGAAAGAAAACUCUACUUCAAUAACUAUGGGAGAAGUCCCCUUGGACAACCUGUCAUGAUACAGAUUUCCUUUUUUUUCUUUUUUUUUUUUUUCUGUUUUUGGUUAGGAAAAGAAAUUAACCUGUUCUUUAACCAAAUUAAUCUGACACCCUAAAAAGGGAAUACUGAGGGAGUUUCUUUCAUUCUGCUUAAGACAUUUUUAAAGAUUCAUUAAUUCAAGGAAGCAGUAACCUUGAAGACUGAAGCAAAACAAUUUCUAACUCUUCAUCACUCAUAAAUGUAUGGAGACAGUGCGACAGUGCUUUAUUUUAUUGUGGUAACAUGAAACUUCCUUGUGGUUGUUUUCUCGUUUCACCUGGGUAAAGCUUUAUGAUGUGAAAUUAUUGCAAUGAAGCCUUUUCAACUUAAGAGAGCUAAAAAGAUUUGCCGUGAUUCUUCCCUCUGUUGUUGGAGUAAAUAUGUGUGAAUUCCACUUCUCGUUAUCUUGUUGGACUUUUCAUUCUCUCCUGCCUAUCCUUGAGCUUUUUGUCAUUCUCCAAACAUGAAAAUACCUGAUAUUUGUUUCAAGUUAAAGAAUGCUAUUGCCCAGACAAUUAUGAUUUUGGGGCAUCUUGCUCUUCUUCAUGGAGAUAAAAAGCUACAGUUGUGUUCUGUAACCAUUAAAAGUAGAAUGAUAUGAAAUUCAGACAAAUGAGAUUUUUUUACUGAUGCUUUUUCCCCCAGCCUACUUUUAAGGUUCCUGUUUGUAGCAAGUCAAAACCAAUUUUUAAGUCCUUUGAGCUGGAGGUGAGUGGUGAUUCCAGGUGGAAUGAGGUGAGCACUGCAAACUGGCAGAGGAACAUGUUGAUGCAAGUAUAUCAUCCGCUCAUCUCUUCCUGUUUUUAUUGCUUCCUCUCCCUCUGAUCUGUUCCCCCUCCUCUUGCCCAAAAGUUAGAAAUGUCCCCUUGCUUUGACAGGUGGAGGAACAAGCCUCUUUGGAGGUUUCUUCUUGGUGCCAGUUUGCAGCCCUAGUUAGUUGAGGGCACAGCAUUGCAGGCUGUAUGUACCGAGUCAUUCAGACAACGGGACCAGAUGGAAAAAACCUUCUGAAAUUGCUUCCCAUUUCUAAAACUUCUGGAAGCUUUGUGCCAAUAGUUCAGUCUCCAGCCAUGCCAAAUAAUUCUAACACAAAUGUUUCUAGCCCAGUCCAUCUUACUAUUACGACACAGAUUGGCAAUACUGCUGCACCUUCACCUGUUAAGAUACCGAUUUUUCAGUCUCCUAAUCCUGGAAAGAUUAUUAUUACGAGGACAUUAGACAAGCAGGAAAGUGCUAGGGCAGGUUCUGAAAAGGAAAGCUUGGUUCCAAACGCAGCUGCCAAUGCCCAGAGCAGCUGUGUGCCCAUGGAUGGAGUGUCCUUGCAGAAUGUGGCCAUCACGAGCUCCUCUCACCAGAGCAGCCCAACCUGCACAGUGGUGAACACCAAACCCCUCCCAGUGACUGUUAAGUCUCCAAUGCUGCCCUCCGGACACCACCUCCAGAUUCCAGCUAAUGCAGAAGUGAAAUCUGUCCCAGCAUCUCUUUUGCCACCUGCAAUACAGCAAAAAAUCCUGGCAGCUGCAGCUACCAAUGUGUCUGGAGGGGCUGACAGUACAAAAGCACCAACAGUGAUUUACGUGUCACCCGUAAACACAGUGAAAACCUCCCAAGUCCUGCCCAAGCACUUGCAGAGCUUUUGCCCUCAACCUGCCACGGAAGUUUCAAAGACACUGAUAGUGACAGCUUCCCAGAAGGGAUCUGGUUCUUCUCCUGAGCCAGUCACAUCCAAGGGGCAGCAGUGCCAGCAAACUCCCAUGAAAUGGAUUGUGCAAGAAACUGCCUCGCUCUCAGCAGCUUGUCGUAUCCCUGUAAAGUCUUCAAGUAAUGUGGCUUCCAAGAUCCUGAAAACUUUGUCAGACACGAAGAAUAUAGAAGUCAACCCUGCAAAUAUUUUACCACUCUGUUCUAAUGGUCCUGGUGGAAGCCAAACUAAAAUCACACGUUUAAAAGAUAAUGCUCUGGUCAUGUACAAUGGGAAAGUCUAUUUAUUGACCAAAAGAGGCUCUGAUGUUCUGUCAGCCCAGGCUGACAAACAAGCAUCUCCUUCUUCUGAUGCUUUACUUAAAAAGGAGACACCCGAGCAAAUUGAUUCUACUGAAGUCAAUAAAAUAACCAGUAAAGUGGUGAAUCUGGUAUUGACAAAAAGCAAAGGAGUGGUGCUGUCUCAGAAAGACCCUAAACCAUGUACAGUUUCCAAAAAUUCAUCACCAAUUAGCUUAAGAAACGUCUUAAAAUCCACAUCUGCAGCUCUGCUGACACCAAGUGCUAAUCAGCAGGAUCCCACUGUAAUCCAGAGACAGAUUUUGCCCUCCACCAAGAGCGUUUCUUGCAGUGAAGUGAUCCCAGUUCCAGCAGUAGGGAUGCAGGAGAGUGUGAGGCAAAAUGGCAAAGACAUGAGUCAUUCCCCGAGAGCAGCAGGGGCUGUGUUACCUCAGGUUAAGCAGGAAUGUGCUGUCAGUGAAGACUGGCCAAAGAUGCAAUGUGUAAAGAUGGAUUCACCAGGAAAGGUUAUUCCAAUCAAUCACCAAGACUGCUCACACUGGAGACGAUAUCUGGAAUUAAGGAAAAAGUUCGGUCUCUUUAAGGAGGAGAGAGUUUACCUUAGGAGAGUACCAUCAAGGGCCUUCUGUGAGAAUCCAGAAGAAGGGAUUUGUUCCAGUGACAGCUUGGAAAGGAAGAAUGAGUCUUGCAGUUCAUCCUCAUUGGAUGUGGAAGUAAUGAGUCAUCGUCAGGAAUGUGUUAAAGAAAAGAUCAUUGUGGAUCUGGAAGAAGAUUUGAUUAGGAAAAGGAAAACAAAAUCCUUACCUUUGUCAGACAGUGGCAAGAGGAGGAGAACUUCAAUCAAAUCAGCCACAAGUCCCAGUUUAGAAGUGACCAGCUCAGGUUCCAGUGCAGGUAACAGGAGUGUUUCACCUGCACCAGCCCCAGCACAGCCAAGCGUUCCCACUGGCUUCAGCGGAGUGUCCCAGGAGAGGGACGUGGAGCAGGACACAUUCCCCCGGUACAGUGACACUACCCACCCAGGGAUUUCAGUUUUAGUCACUUCCGAAGAGGAUACUUCCAUUCUGGAAGGUUCUUUCCGAGAUGAUGCCUUCCCUAUGGCUCCCCCAGACCUGGAGGAGACGAUACGGGAGGAGAGAAUCAAGCGGCUGAAGCAGACCCUGCGGCAGCAGAACGCGGCGUUGGAGGAGCUGCGCCGGGAGAGGCAGCAGAGCUGAGCCCCCUGCCCUGGGGGUCCCAGCCUCGUGCUUCACCUCUGCAGUCACUUCAAAAAGAAAUCCCUUGCCUAAAUGAGUAUUUCUGGUAGAUGGAAGAACUAGAUGAAUUUUAAGUAUGUGUAUUUAGAGAACUGUAGGUUUUUGUUAAAUGCCAGAAAUAAGAGAGUUGACCAUCACAUUCUACUUCUAGGACGUGAUCCAAGAGCACAAAGGGCAUUUUUACCAGCAUAUUCCCCAUAUUUUGAAUAGAGGGGGUCCUGUAUUAGCAAAUAAACUUUCCCCUUUUGAAUUCCAUGGCCUGGCUUUUAGAACCCAAAUGAAAAUUGCAAACCCUCAUUGUAGAUACUUUUUUGUUUGUUUUUCUUAUGUGCAUGAGAACUUUCAUAAUUCCUGAGAACUGUUAAUUUUCAGAAGAGGUCAACAGUUAGUGGUUAUUGGACUUUAGACAGUAACAGUGCAGAUAUUUGUACCAAACCUCUUGCAGAUGUGAAGACAGAGGCAGGAGGAACCCUGUGACAGUUGUUUGGAUUCAUGGUUUCUCUGUCAUUAUUGUGAGCCUUUAUAAGGCCAUGGCCAGCUGUGCAAUGUGGAAAUUAGUUUGUGGGGUUGUUUUGGAAGAGGGGAUGAAUUUUUUUUUAAGAAGAAUUCUGUUAAUAAUAAUUUCUUGAAGCUAAAAGACUUUAUCCCUGGGUGGUAUCUUUAACAAUCCUCAAUGAGUGUCUUUUAAUUUGUUGUUGUUUGAACAUGUCUCUUGCCACCUUCAGUUGUGGUACCUUAGUUUGCCUUGUAGGAGGGGAUGUGCCCUCAGACUGUCUUUACAUCCUAAUUUUUGGAGAACUUUGUGUGUAUUUCCCCACCAUGCUCUGUUGUAUGUGUAGGGACACCGUUCCUUGUCUUCUGUUGUCCAUGUCUGCUCAUUGCAGGUUCCUUCUGCAGUUUUUCCGUUUCCCUUUCACCAAAUAAUAACUGUUUUUGCCAACAGAGUGUAUUAUUGCUUUGUUCCUGUCUAUUUAUAUUUAUGUUAGACAUCACCAAUCCUCGCAAAGCUCUGCUGCAGAUUUGUGUUCAUGGAAGGCUUUUUUUUUUUUUUGCUGUCUUUACUUUUGUUUUUAUUCUUAUUUUGUUUAAUUUUUAUCAAAUUCUCAUCUGCAGAGUUUUCAUUUAUUAUCCCAUGGAUGCCCAGUUUAUCUAUAGGGUUUUGGUGGAGGAUGGAUGUUUCUUGAAGAGCUUAGUCCUGUAUUCCUUAUUUAUAUAAGUUUUCACAGUGGGAAAAAUUCCAAUGGAUUGGAGAGGCUUUUUAGAAGGGAAGAAAAAUGAAGUUCCUGCUCUGAAGAAUCACAGAAUCAGAGAAAGGUUUGGUGUGUAAGGGUUCUUAAAGCUCAUCUCAGUCUCCCCCCUGCCAUGGGCAGGAACACGUUCCACUAUCCCAGGUUGCUCCAAGCCCCGUCCAGCCUGGCCUUGGACACUCCCAGGAAUGGGGAGAUCUUAAGCUAGACCAAGGUGAUGGCCCAGAUGCACAGUGGUGGGUGAAGAAGGAAGGUGAAUAAUGGAAGUAAACUAUCAGCCAUUUCUGGGGUCUCCGUGUGCACAGUAUUCACUUGGAAGGCAAAUACUGUGACCAGAAAUGUCCUUCCAUCCUCCUGCUUUCAUAAAGCUUUUAUUUGCUGAGCAUGGCCUCCUGUGGUAUGGAAUAUCCCUUUGAUCAGUCUGGGAAUACUGUCCAGUUUCUUGUCCAUGCCCAAAUUCCCAUCCAUCCUAAGCCUGCUAGGGGGUGCACAGCAAGAGAAGGAAAAAAUCAGGAUGUCAUGGGAGCUCUCCUCAAAACAUGGGUGUGUGAUCAGCAGUCUUCUCAAAAUCCCAGACAUGGCAUGAUGUGGGGCUACUGCAAAGGACAUUGACUCCAUCUCACCUGAAAGGAUGAAAUGGGACUUGGGAAGGAGAUGGAGGCAGGCCUGUGUUGUGUCUCUGGUGCUGCAGUCACCUGGUAGGUACUCUUCCAACAGGUUUUGCUCACUGUCCUCUAAUAAAUGUCUUUCCUUUAUUUUCCAAUGAUCUCAAAAAAAAAAUUAAUGAAGCUGAGUUCUCUUAUCCUCUCAUUUCACUUGAGCAUUCCAGCACUGACAUUCUACAAUUGUACCAUCUUUCUCCCAAAACCUCUUUUACCCUAACAAAGUAGUCCAUUUGCCUGAGUUUUUUGUAGAGAUGGUAAAGUACUCAAAAUUUGGAGAAGAAUCCUCACUGCAAAACUGUGAAGAAAUGUGACCAGGAUUUGAUGGAAGAAGAUGAAUUAUGGAAAACACCUGGUGCAGUUCAGAAACCGAGUAUGGAAGAGAGAGAUCUUCCUUGGAACAGCACCAGUGCAAGUUUGCAGGGAUCACUGAGAGCCAAGAGAAGCCUCUUGAUGUGCCAGUGGGGGAAAGUUGUGCCAAGAGGAGCAAAGGGGCUUCUGACAGCCAAGGACCGUGAGGCUGUUGGAGCUGCUCCUCAUCUAGACUCACCAUCUGCAGCAUGGAUUGGGUUUUGCUGCUCUGUUAAUCCAUGAACUCCUGCGAUUUAUGAAGAGUCUGUGGCAAGAACAAGAGUUCUGGAAAUGCUGGCUGUCACCCCAGGAGUGAAGGUGACUGGUGGCCAUCCCUGAGUGCAGCCCAGCCUGGCAGGAAACUGUUACACACUGGGAUUGCUGUGCUAAGUACGUACGAAAUCCAUGGAUUUAGGAUAAAUUACAACUUCAAGCAAAUUCCUGGCAAGAAUCUGUGGAAGACCAUUUUAGGAAUUUCAGAGUCCAAAGAGCAGAGGUGGCAGUGAGUGCUGGACAGAACAGAUCAGGUAGUGAAGGUGGUGCUGGGCAAGUUGCCAACAUCAGCCAGACCCGGUGCCUUGGAGUCCCUGGCCAGAACUGUCCCUGUGCCUGUCUCCUGUACUGGAGACCCACCACAGACCCAGAAUUUCUAUGUGAGGCACAAACCUUCUGUGGUAGAUAGGGACAGGCAUUCGGAAAAUCUCGCGAUGUCACGGAAAGCAGCAGGAUUCCUCUCCCCCUAACGCCUAAUGAUAAGGGAUCACCCAAGAAUGUAGACCCCCCUAAUACUAGUAACUUUCUACUCCUUAUUAACCAAUUACAGUAAGGUAAGACCCCCUGAUGUAGAGAAAAACCUCCCUGAUUAUAAAAUCCAACAAGACGGGGCAAUAAAGGCCUUUGGACCGUCCACCA